AACAAGUCCAAUAUGAAAAUGCCUAACCUAUCGAUAAAAGCAAUCAAAGACCGAGACAAAGGAAACUACUAAAAUUGGUUAAGGUCGCACCACAAAUUGAAGAAGCUACAUACAACAAUAAUGGCAGCAGAGCAAGAAGAGGGAUUGAAGCUUUUGGGAGUCAGAGCAAGCCCAUUUAGUCACAGAGUGCAGCUAGCUCUGAAGCUGAAGGGAGUCCAACAUGAAUACCUUCAAGAGAAUCUUGAAAAUAAGAGCCAGCUACUUCUCAAAUACAACCCUAUUUACAAGAAGGUGCCUGUAUUGCUUCACAAGGAGAAGCCCAUAAUAGAGUCUCUUGUGAUUAUUGAAUAUAUUGAUGAGACUUGGGAUGGGUACAAGAUCUUGCCUCACGAACCUUACCGAAGAGCCUUGGCUCGGUUCUGGGCCAUCUUUAUCGCUGAAAAGUGCAUGUAUACUAUAUGGACAACCGCGUGGACCUUUGAUGAGGAAAAACGUGAGAAGGGCACUGAAGAAGUGAGUGAGAUUUUGAAGACUCUUGAGAAUGAACUCAAAGACAAGUUGUUCUUUGGAGGAGAUGCACUUGGGUUUGUGGACAUUGUUGGUGUCUUCUUGGCUUUUUGGUUCCCUAUAUUACAUCAAGUUCUGGGGUUGCCUCAAUUGGUAGUCAUUGAGAAUUUUCCGAAGCUUUAUGAUUGGAGCCAAAGACUUCUUGACCUUAAUGUUGUCAAAGAAACUCUGCCUCCUAAAGAAGAUGUUUUUGCUGCCUUCAGUGCUAACCUCCAAAGGAGCAAUAACGCUACAAAAUAGACGCAGCAGUAAAUUAGUAAAUUUUUAAGAAUUUUACUAGCAUAAAUUUCUAAUUUAGUUUGUGAUUUUAUGAGUUAAGCUUUAAUAGUUAUUUGUGUAAGAUACUUUUGAUUAUUUUGAACUGAAAUUUUAUUAUCUUCCAAACACUUUUUAUAUAAA